AGGGUCACGGAAACCACGACCACUCGUUCCCCGUACCGCAGCCACCGCCCGAUCGCCUCGCCCACUGCCUUCUCUCCCUCUGUCCCCUCUUCUCGAAGCGACCAAAAAGACACCACAGCACCCACCGACGCGGCGGCGAGACUCUUCGAAAUCACCAGCCCCUCCGAGAGAGACCUGGGCCGGCCACCACCUGUUCGGCGGAUUGCGGUCGAGGAUCGAUGACGUCGCUGCGGCCGCUCGACCCCUCGCUCUCCGUGUCAGCCUCCGCAAGGCUGCGGCACCAGUUCGUUACGCCGGCUUACGGCGGUGGGGGCGCGGGCGCUCUGCGACGCUGCGGCGCGGUGGCCGUCCCUUGGCGUCGCGGGUUCUCGUGCCGCGCUGGAUCCGCAGCUUCGGCUGCCGAGAGAACAAAGGAGAAAACCCGAAAAGAUCCUUCAAAGCAGGAUAUAGUGCAACUUUGGGUUUGUCUAGAUCACCAGGUUGAGUUUGGUGAGCAUGUUGGAAUUAUUGGUUCGACAAAAGAGCUUGGCUCAUGGAAGAAUCAGAUUGAGAUGGAGUGGACACCAAAUGGUUGGGUCUGCCAGCUUGAGCUCCCUGGGGAAACACUUCUGGAAUUCAAGUUUGUGAUAUUUUUGAAGGGAGGGAAGGACAAAAUAUGGGAGGAUGGUGACAACCGUGUUGUUGAUCUGCCAAAAGAUGGUAUAUUUGAUAUAGUAUGCCACUGGAAUAGGACAAAAGAACCUUUAGAUCUUUUGGGAACACCAAAGAUGAAGUUGGCUGGAGAAGCUGAGAAGCAGAUUGGCCAAGAUGCCACAGUACCUGGAAAUCUUGCUCUAGAAGAGAUAGGAAAUGUAUCGGUGGCUGGGGAUGGUUAUCUAACACCAGAAUCUGAUUCAAGCAAAUUUGCUGGACUAUGGCAAGGUAGUGAAGCAGUUUUCAUGAGGUCAAAUGAGCAUCGGAAUAAGGAGAGUGAUGUGAAGUGGGACACAACUGGGCUUGAUACAAUAUCACUGAAAUUGGUGGAGGGUGAUAAAGUGUCAAGGAACUGGUGGCGGAAGUUGGAGCUUGUUCGUGGACUCUUGUCCGAAUUUUUUGAUGAUCAAAGUCGUUUGGAGGCUCUUACAUACUCUGCUAUUUAUCUAAAGUGGAUUUAUACAGGUCAGAUACCAUGCUUUGAAGAUGGUGGUCACCAUCGACCCAACAAACAUGCCGAGAUAUCCAGGCAAAUUUUUCGUGAAAUUGAAAGGAUAUACUAUGGGAAAAACACAUCAGCUCAGGAUUUGCUUGUGAUACGCAAGAUUCAUCCUUGUUUACCUUCAUUUAAGUCAGAAUUUACUGCCUCUGUCCCUCUAACACGAAUUCGUGAUAUUGCUCAUCGGAAUGACAUUCCACAUGAUCUCAAGCAAGAAAUCAAGCAUACUAUACAAAACAAGCUUCACCGUAAUGCUGGCCCAGAGGAUCUUAUUGCUACAGAAGCCAUGCUUGCUAGGAUUACUAAGACUCCUGGAGAAUACAACGAAGCUUUUGUCGAACAAUUCAAGAUAUUUUAUAGCGAACUAAAAGAUUUCUUUAAUGCUGGCAGCCUAUUGGAGCAAGCAAAAUCCAUCAAGGAAUCUUUGAAUGAGUCUGGAUUAGAGGUUCUCUCAUCCUUUGUGAAAAACAAAAAGAGUUUGGACCAAGUGGAAGAUGCAAAAGAUUUGGAUAAAAAUAGUGCCAUUCAAGUUUUGAUGAAGGCCAUGCAAUCGUUAUCUUCUCUAAGAUCAUUUCUAAUGAAUGGCCUUGAAAGUGGCCUCAGAAAUGAUGCGCCAGAUACUGCUAUAGCAAUGCGACAAAAGUGGCGCCUUUGUGAGAUUGGGCUUGAGAAUUAUUCUUUUGUUUUGUUAAGCAGAUACAUCAAUGCUCUUGAAGCUUUAGGUGGAUCUGCUUCACUUGCAGAGGGUGUGACUAGAAGUACAAGUAUAUGGGAUGAUGCCCUUGAUGCCCUUAUCAUUGGCAUCAAUCAAGUUAGUUUUUCAGGUUGGAAACCGGAGGAAUGUAUUGCUAUAGGGAAUGAGCUUCUUUCUUGGAAGCAGAAAAGCCUAUCUGAAACUGAAGGCAGUGAGGAUGGGAAGUAUAUUUGGGCACUAAGACUCAAAGCAACUCUUGAUAGAACAAGAAGACUUACGGAAGAAUAUUCUGAAGCACUUCUUUCUAUAUUCCCUGAAAAAGUCGAGGUUCUUGGAAAAGCCCUUGGAAUACCAGAGAACAGUGUGAGAACAUAUACCGAGGCAGAAAUUCGUUCUGGUGUUAUUUUUCAGGUCUCCAAACUUUGCACUGUACUUUUGAAAGCUGCUCGAGCAGUACUUGGAUCGUCCGUGUGGGAUGUUCUUGUUCCUGGAGUGGCCCAUGGAGCUCUGAUACAGGUUGAAAGAAUAGCUCCUGGAUCAUUGCUGUCAUCCAUCAAAGAACCUGUGGUGCUAGUUGUAAAUAAAGCUGAUGGAGAUGAAGAGGUCAAAGCCGCUGGGGAUAACAUAGUGGGUGUUAUUCUUCUACAAGAAUUACCUCACCUAUCACAUCUUGGUGUUAGGGCUCGUCAAGAGAAAGUUGCAUUUGUAACUUGUGAAGACAAUGACACAAUUGCAGACUUGAGGUUGCUUGAGGGAAAACAUGUCAGAUUGGGAGCAUCAUCAAAUAAUGUUGAUCUUUCAGUAGUUUCAGACAACAAUGAUAGUACCAUACCUUUGGGGCCUUCCAGUGCAGGGAAUUUAUUUCAACAUGAACUCCCAAAUAAAUUCUCACUUCCACUGGGUACGGAUAAGUCCGUAGGCUCUAAGCCAAAGAGCUAUACUUCGGGAGUGAAUGGUAUCUCUGGUGUUCUUGAGCUUUCAGAGGCAUCGAUUAAAUCAUCUGGUGCAAAAGCUGCUGCAUGUGGUACUCUUUCGGUUCUUGCCUCAUUGUCAAAUAAAGUUUACAGUGAUCACGGAAUUCCAGCAGCAUUUAGAGUUCCUGCAGGUGCUGUAAUUCCAUUUGGAUCAAUGGAGGAUGCACUCAAGAAAAGUGGAUCCCUGGAAUCCUAUACGAGUCUUCUAGAGAGGAUCGAAACAGCUAAAUUUGAGAAUGGCGAACUUGAUAGCCUAUCCUCUGAGCUACAGGCAAUAGUUUCACUUCUUUCUCCGUCUGAAAGCAUCAUUGAAUCUUUGAAAAAUAUCUUCGACCAGAAUGUUCGAUUAAUUGUCAGAUCUAGUGCUAAUGUCGAGGAUUUGGCUGGUAUGUCAGCUGCUGGGCUCUAUGAAUCAAUUCCUAAUGUCAGCUUCUGUGAACCAAGUGCCUUUGGAGCUGCCGUUGGACAGGUUUGGGCAUCAUUAUACACAAGGAGAGCAAUCCUUAGUCGUCGAGCGGCUGGUGUACCUCAGAGAGAUGCGAAGAUGGCCAUUCUUGUGCAAGAAAUGCUGCAGCCAGAUCUCUCCUUUGUGCUUCACACCAUUAGUCCAGCUGACCAUGAUCCCAAGUUGGUCGAAGCUGAGGUUGCCCCUGGGCUGGGAGAAACCCUCGCUUCUGGAACCCGCGGCACCCCAUGGAGACUCUCAUGUGACAAGUUUGAUGGCAGUGUCACCACUCUGGCUUUCGCAAAUUUCAGCGAGGAGAUGGUGGUGCUCAACUCUGGUCCUGCUAAUGGGGAAGUGAUCCGUCUUACUGUCGAUUACAGCGAGAAGCCAUUAUCUGUUGAUGCAACCUUUAGGAAGCAGUUUGGUCAGCGACUGGCUGCCAUUGGACAGUACCUGGAACAGAAGUUCGGGAGUGCCCAAGAUGUGGAAGGCUGCCUGGUUGGCAAAGAUAUCUUUAUAGUGCAGAGCAGGCCACAGCCAUAAUAUGUUAGCAAAAGUUUGCUUUGCAGAGUGUGGUUUACUUGGUUAAGUGAAUAAAAAUGGAUGGUGAAUAAAAAUGCAUGCAUGGCUGGAAAAAUUUAUGGAUUUUGUAGUAGACAUAGCAGUGAUUCAAGUCUUAUUAAGUUCUUGCCUCAGGUAAAAUAACAAGUCAGCCCAGGUCCAGCCA